AUGGCGGCGGCGGAGGCGGCCGGUGCUCCGGGCGGUGGGGGCAGCUCGCCGGCGGGCGGCAGCUCCGUUCCCGUCCUCUUCUGCUUCUCCGUCUUCGCGCGACCCUCCACUGUGCCGCUCGGCGCCGGCUACGAGUUGCUGAUCCAGAAGUUCCUCAGUCUCUACGGGGACCAGAUAGACAUGCACCGCAAGUUUGUGGUGCAGCUCUUCGCCGAGGAGUGGAGCCAGUACAUCGACCUCCCCAAGGGCUUUCUCGUCAGCGAGCGCUGCAAAGUGCGCCUGGUGCCGCUGCAGAUACAGAUGACUACUUUGGGCAACCUGACACCCUCAAGCACUGUGUUUUUCUGUUGCGAUAUGCAAGAGCGAUUCCGGCCUGCCAUCAAGUACUUUGGUGAUAUCAUCAGUGUGGGCCAAAGACUGCUCCAGGGUGCACGGCUCUUAGGAAUUCCAGUCAUUGUAACUGAACAGUAUCCCAAAGGUCUUGGGAGCACUGUGCAAGAAAUUGAUUUAACAGGAGCUAAACUUGUGCUUCCUAAAACAAAAUUUUCAAUGGUAUUACCAGAAGUGGAGGCAGCAUUAGCUGAGAUCCCUGGAGUCCGUAGUGUUGUCCUGUUUGGAGUAGAAACUCAUGUCUGCAUCCAGCAAACAGCAUUGGAAUUAAUUGGCAGAGGUCUGGAAGUUCAUAUUGUAGCUGAUGCAACCUCAUCAAGAAGCAUGAUGGACAGAAUGUUUGCUCUUGAGCGUCUUGCUCGUACUGGAAUUAUAGUUACUACUAGCGAGGCUAUAUUGCUGCAGCUAGUAGCUGAUAAAGAACAUCCAAAAUUCAAAGAAAUCCAAAAUCUCAUUAAGGCAAGUGCCCCUGAGUCAGGGCUCCUUUCCAAAGUUUAAAGAGGAUGUGGGGGAAGCAGAUCUCAUUGUCAUCUGUAGGAAGGAAGGAACGCUUUAAGUGCACAUGUACACCUUCUUUCACUCAAAGUUUUGGUAGAAGUGUAAAAUUAA